CAUCAUUACAGUGAGAGCGGGGGAGACCUUCUCGCUCUCCAUAUGUACGCGCCUUCCUUUCCCUUCCACAACACACAAGCAUUCACGAAGCCAAAAAUGAAGAUCUCCAAUAUCACCCUUCUCUUCUUUUUUACUCUUCCCUUUGCAUCUGCCCACCUUAGGGUUGGAUUCUAUCGCAGAAGCUGCCCAUCCGCCGAGACUAUCGUCCGUCGAAUUGUGCAGAGGCGCUUCAAACACCACAGAUUCAUCACCGCCGACUUGCUUCAAAUGCACUUCCACGACUGCUUUGUUAGAGGAUGCGACGGCUCCAUACUGAUAGAUCCGUGGAAGGGAAACACAUCGGAAAAACAAGCACCGCCCAACAUAAACCUUGAUAGCUUUGAGCUGAUCGACGAAAUCAAGACCGCCUUGGAAAAAGCCUGUCCUUCCACAGUUUCGUGCGCAGAUAUCCUAACACUUGCCACCAGGGACUCGGUGGCUCUUGCGGGAGGACACAGAUACAACGUUCCCACAGGGCGGCGAGAUGGUCUAGUUUCUAAUCCCAAGGAAGUGAAUGUUCCAAAAUCAUCCUUCUCGGUGUCUCAAGCAUUUAAAUCCUUCAGAGCAAAAGGGUUUUCAUUGAAGGAGAUGGUGGCUCUUCUCGGAGCACACACGGUGGGCUUCACUCACUGCAGCUUGGUUCGGGGGAGGCUGUCCAGUUUCGGAAGGCGUGAUCCUACUAUGGACCCUGCUCUGGAUGCGAAGCUGGUGCGGAAGUGUGGGUCGGCGAGACGGCCGGCGAGGCACGACCCUCAGAUUGUGUUGGACCAGAACACGUCGUUUGUAUUUGACAACGAGUAUUACAGGCAGAUCAGGAAGAGGAGAGGGGUGCUCCAUAUAGACCAGCAAUUGGCUGUUGAUGCGUCGUCCAGAGGCAUUGUUGCUGGUUUUGCUGCGAAUGGCGAGAGCUUCAAGCGAUGCUUCGCAAAUGCUAUGAUAAAGCUGGGAAGCCUUGAUGUUCUGGUUGGAAAGCAUGGAGAGAUCAGGAAGAAUUGCAGGGUUUUUAACAAUCAUCGCUAGGCCAGUGUUUGGCCAAUCAUGCUUGCCGUUAUCCCUUAUCCGAGUCUUUUUAGUGGACCCUAGUUAAUCAUAUCAUUUGUUUCGUUGUAUCGCACUCACCUUCCAGAGAGGUGAUGAUGGGAACUCUGCUAGUUUGGACUGAUUUGGUUUAUAUAUUUCUUGUUAUUUUUUUAAAUUAAACGCUCCAGCCUAGCUAGGGCAAGCAUGGAUCUCUGAUGGAAUGAAAAACAGAUCUAAUUUGGCA